AUGAAAUCAGUGCUCUUCAGCCGCUUCUUCAUCCUUCUACCCUGGGUCCUCAUCGUCAUCAUCAUGAUCGAUAUCGACAGUAAAAGGACGAUCCGGGCUCCGGCAGCCGCCCGGCCCGGCAGGGCGCAGCGGGGGGCCCGGACCGGCGCUCCGGGGGUCGGGACCCCCCCCAACCAGACCGCGCUGCCGGUCAUCUACGCCAUCACCCCGACCUACACCCGUCCGGUGCAGAAAGCGGAGCUGACCCGGCUGGCCCAAGCCUUCCGCCAGGUGCCCCGGCUGCACUGGGUGGUGGUGGAGGACUCCACGACGCGCACGGAGCUGGUGGCGCGCUUCCUGGCUCGCUGCGGGGUGCCGUUCACGCACCUGCACGUCUUCACCCCCCGCAGGUUCAAGCGAGCCGGGAUGCCGCGGGCCACCGAGCAGAGGAACGUGGCCCUGGCCUGGCUCCGGCAGCACCGGGGCCGCCGGGACCCCGGGGUGGUCUUCUUCGCGGAUGACGACAACACGUACAGCCUGGAGCUGUUCGAGGAGAUGCGAGGCACUCGAGGUGUGUCCGUUUGGCCGGUGGGAUUUGUGGGUGGCAGAGCUUACGAGCGCCCCCUGGUGUCUGGGGGCAAAGUGGUGGGCUGGUACACGGGCUGGAGACCGGACAGACCCUUCGCUACAGACAUGGCAGGUUUUGCAGUGAACCUCCAGGUGAUCCUGGUGAACCCGCGGGCGCUGUUCAAGCGACGUGGCUCCCAGCCCGGGAUGCAGGAGUCCGACUUCCUCAAGCAGAUCACCAAGGUCACCGAGUUGGAGCCCAAGGCCAACAACUGCACCAGGGUGCUGGUUUGGCACACACGCACAGAGAAGCCGCACCUCGCAAAUGAGCCCAAACAUCGAAAGGACACUGUGGUCAUCGAGGUGUGA